AUGCACGGUCUUUUGCUCGCCGCCGGGCUUCUCAGCCUGCCCCUUCGCGCUCUUGGGCACCCAAACCCAAACCCGCAGAUGCACACGCUCUCUCGCCGAGGCGCUGUUGACCUAGAUGCUUUCCGCCUGGGCCAGAAUGCCGAAUACUCAAAUACCGCGAGUGUAGCUUCGAACCCGCCCGCUUUGUCCAUCAGGAGCACCCAGAGCUACGUGGAUGUCGCCAAGGACCUUGUCAAGACCACUCUCCCAGACGCAACUUUCCGUGUUGUCGAUGACCACUAUGUUGGAACCAACGGCGUUGCCCAUGUUCACCUCCGCCAGACUGUCCAUGGCAUCGACGUCGACAACGCUGACUUCAACGUUAACGUCAAAGACGGCAAGGUGUUCUCCUUCGGAAAUUCCUUCUACAAGGGCAAGAUCCCAGAGGAGAACCCAAUGGUCAAGCGAGACCACGCCGACCCCGUUAAGGCAUUGAAAGGAGUCGUCAGCGCCCUCAAGCUUCCCGUCAAGACUGAGAAGGCAUCUGCCGCUAUUUCAGCGCAGAGCCAAGGCCAAGACGCCGUUGUUUUCAAGGGAACCUCCGGAGCCCUUUCCGACCCCAAGGGUGAACUCGUCUACCUUAUCAAGCCAGAUGGAGAGCUUUCUUUGACCUGGAAAGUCGAAACCGACGUCGGUGACAACUGGCUCUUGUCCUACAUUGAUGCCAAGGAUGGCAAUAACAUCCAUGGUGUCGUCGACUACGUUGCUGAUGCUACUUAUCAAGUUUAUCCCUGGGGUAUUAACGACCCUACUGACGGCGAGCGCGAAGUCCUCACUGACCCUUGGGAUGGAAAUGCAUCUGAGUUCACCUGGAUCAGUGACGGAAGAACCCGCUACCCAACCACCCGCGGCAACAACGGAAUCGCCCAAGAUAACCCAAGUGGUGGUAACCAAUAUGAAAACAACUACCGCCCAAUGAGCGACGAUCUCCGAUUCGAGUACCCUUACUCCACUGACAUGAGCCCUCCAGAUUCUUACAUUGAUGCGUCCAUUACCCAGCUGUUCUACACUUCAAACGUUUACCAUGACCUCCUUUACAUCCUCGGUUUCACCGAGAGAGCCGGAAACUUUGAGUUCAACAACAACAACCAGGGUGGCAGAGGAAAUGACUACGUUAUUUUGAAUUCCCAGGAUGGCUCUGGCACCAACAAUGCCAACUUUGCCACUCCCCCUGAUGGCCAACCCGGUCGCAUGCGCAUGUACACCUGGACCACCUCCCGACCUAACCGAGACGGCAGCUUUGAGGCAGGUAUUGUCAUCCACGAAUACACUCACGGCCUUUCCAACCGUCUCUGCGGUGGACCUUCCAACUCUCGCUGCUUGAACGCUCUCGAAUCCGGCGGUAUGGGUGAAGGUUGGGGAGACUUCAUGGCCACUGCCAUCCGCUUGAAGGCCGGUGACACACGCGAGACUGACUACACCAUGGGUGAAUGGGCUGCCAACGAACAGGGUGGCAUUCGUCAACACCCCUACUCCACCAACCUCCAGACCAACCCUCUUGUCUACACCACCGUCAACCAAUACAGAGAAGUUCACGACAUUGGUACUGUCUGGGCUAGUAUGCUCUAUGAAGUCCUCUGGAACCUCAUUGAUAAGCACGGCAAGAACGACGGCCCCAAGCCUGAGUUGCGCGAUGGCGUCCCAACUGACGGCAAAUACCUUGCCAUGAAGCUCGUUAUCGACGGCAUGGCCCUGCAACCAUGCAACCCCAACUUCGUCCAGGCCCGUGAUGCGAUCCUCGAUGCCGACGAGGCUCUUACCGGCGGUGAGAACAAGUGUGAAAUCUGGGCCGGAUUCGCCAAGCGUGAAUUGGGAACUGGCGCUCGUUAUGACAGGAGCAGACGCACUGGAAGCACCGACGUUCCACAGGAAUGUCAAUAAAAUAAGAGCUUUUGUUUCUUUGUAUA